AUGGGCUGUUUACUAAAAAGGAAAUGUGAAUUUUUUAUUAAAAUAUUGCUUGAUAAAAACAAUGCACCAGCAUUAAGAAAUGCAAAAAUUUAUGGUAGCCCUGAAUUCAAACAAUUGAUUUUUGGUCAUGAUAAAAUCUUAAAGCAGGAGCAUCUAAUGAUCAAAGAAAAAGAAGAAGUAAUGCCACCAGGAAUUUAUUAUUCCUCAUUAUUAUCCGAGCUUGAUAAAAUUGGCUGGGAUAAAUUGGAAUUGCUUGAUCCUUCCUUGAAAUCUUUGGUUCUUAGAUUAAAUCAUUCAUCAGGUCGUCAACACAAAAUAAAUAUAACAUUACCUUUUUCUUAUCCAAAAUCACCUCUUAUUAUACAAGCCGAAAUUCCAUCUGAAAUUCAACUGAAUUGUAUCUUUGACCUGAAUGAAGAAAUAGAGAAAUUUCAAGAAUUUUGGUCAAUGCUUGAUGAUGUUGAUCAGAACACUUGGAUUUUAGAGCCAGAUAAACCUAAACGAAAUGAUUUAAUAAGGAGAAUUGCACUGGCUGAUUAUGAGAUCGAAUGUGGAAUUUGCUAUACAUAUCAUUUAGAAAGUUCAAUACCUGAAUAUUCAUGUAAUAAUUCAAAAUGUGGAAGGUUAUUUCAUCAAAUUUGUUUAUCUGAGAGUAUCACAAUACAAAAUAAAAAAUUAUAG